UUGUCAUAACUGCUAUUACUAACUUCACUUUGUUAUACAGCUGGUUGCCAGCUGAUAGAAUUUGAGCGAGAAAAGUCAAUAAUAUCCUGAACUAUUUAUAAAUUGAUAACGCUUUGGUACACUGACAUACAUAAUUAUAAUGUGUUAAAACAGAUUAACGUUUAUUAUAAUAUAACGUUUUACGUUAUAAACAGAAAAAUGACAGUACAGAAUAUUGCUGUAAAACUUUGCGGGGUCCUUCAAGUUAACAACGAAGAAGAAGUCACAGCUCGCGAGUGGCGAUUGGUUGGUCAGGAGCAAGAUGGGGCACAAAUAUUAACCUGGGUAUCAACAAUUCGCAAUAGUGAUGUGAUGAAUGUCGGUGUAUACUCAAAUAAAACGAAGUCUUUGUCUACUUUGUACACCUUUGAGACAAAACUUAACAUAAUUCAAGCAUCGGUCAACUCUACACACAGUUUACUUGUAUAUGUGGAAAAAAUUAUGUCACCAGAUGAGUCUACAGAAGCCCUUUAUUAUCCCUACAUCGUUUCCCUUUUGCCUGAUAAAGUCGGUGUCCCUGAAGCAGUGGAAGAAGCUUCAACGAAACAGAUUAUGUUACAAUUUGUCUAUGGAAAAAGUAACAAAUACAGCCCUGGAAUAAGGAACGACAGAUUUUUGCUUUUCAAACAUUUAGAGUGUAUUAAAAUAUAUCGUUCACCCCUUUUCUUAAAUGAAUGUGACGAUGGCUCCGAGAAAUGGGGCUUUGAUGGGGUUUAUACAGACCCUGAAACAAUUGUUAAUGUUUUCUCAUGGGCGCAAUGGGACUGUGUCAAUCAGGUCCUCUUCUACAUACAUUAUCGUCCACCCACUCAAAGCUUCGCCGAGGGUGAGGAGGUUAAGUCUCCGUCAGAGUUGACGCCGACACUCUCCGCUCUACAGUUCCAUGCUGAUCUGCCCCAUGAGACAGUGCUAAAUAUUCCUCUUAGCUUGCCGCAUGUACCAGGAGCGCAUGGCGCCGCAGCAGCUUGCGGUUCCUAUGAAGACGAUCCGAUACCUCUUCGCGUUCACGACUGUAGCUUAGAUUUGUAUAUAGUGUGUGACCAGCGCGGCUUGCUUUGUGUCUGUCAUCAUUACCUUUACAAGCCUUUAGACGAUUCCACUAGUUCUUUAGUACUAGAUGACGUUGAUUUGAAAGAUUCUGGCGUGAACUUUGCCUAUUCUGUGACGUUACUUCACCAUGGCUGCGUAGUGCAUAGUGUUGUGCCUGACCUACCGUGGUCACUGGCGAAAUCACUACGACCAUCCUACACUCUGUACAACGAUAACCAUCUACUUGUCAACAUACCAAUGCUCUUCACCCACCUCAUAGACAUCAGUCCUCAUCACGAACCCUGCUGUCAUAUAGUCGUUCCUCUAGAACCUAGUGACAGUGGACCGAGCUUGGCUCCAUUGUUGGGUUGGGGUGCUCACGCCAUGGUCGACCUCAAUACUUUGGAUGUGGUUACGAUGAAUGUGACGGAUAAAGAACUAUCGUCAACCUUCAAAAGCGAUACGGUGAUCGAGAAUAAAUUAGCCAUCAUGCAUUAUUUGAUACAACAUGAAGGGAACAUGGAGUUGGCUGAAGAGUUAAUAUCUUGGCUAUGCCUCAAUCAACACGAUGGAUUAGGUGGUCUACAACGGGUUAUGCAGGAGUACUUGAUAGGUACUACAUACGCCGUGACGCGGCGCUCCCUAUCGGCGUCGGCUAUCAACUUGAUGAAUUGGUUGCCUUUCACUUUACACCUGAAGUUUGCUGACGUUAAGGCGGGCGGCGCGAGCCUGUGCGUGUCGGUGUGCGCGCUGUGGCGCGGCGCGGCGGCGGCCGUGGUGCUGGCGCCGCGCCAACGCGUGGCGCAGUUCGCGGAGGACGCCUGGACGCGCCUGUGGGCGGCGCUGUGCGCGCUCGCCAGCCCGCGCGCGCGCCUGCGCCCCGAGCACGUGCGCGAGCGGCUGGCCGUCACGCUGCACUGCUAUCAGCCGGAGGCGCUGUCGCGCUGCAGCACGCCGCUGUCGCCGGGCGCGCCCGCCGCGCGCCGCGCCUCGCUCGUGGCGCACGACGCGCUGCCCUUCGCGGAGCUCGACGUGUGCACCACCAGCAAGCAGGAGCACGUCAUUGCCGCCAACCUCCGCGCGGUGAGCGUGCACCUGCUGUCCGAGAGCGGCGAGGCGGGCGCGCUGGAGAGCGGCGUGCACGCGCUGGCCACGCGCUGGGCGGCGGCGCAGCUGGACGCGGCGCGUGCGCUGUGCCGCGCCGCCGUGCGCGCCGUGGCCGCCGUCGGCGCGCACCAGCCCCGGGGCUUCCAGUACAUAGAUGAAAUGGACCCCACACACGCGCUGAUACUCUUCAAGAUCCUCGAACAGUACUACGUGGCGACGGACUCCAUCGCCUUCCCUCUCCCUCAGGGCUUCAGCUCCUUCUUCACGUACCUCGGGUACCGCACGCUACCUUUCCAUGCGUUCGUGCAGUACGUGCAUCGAAACGUAUUUGAGUUGCAGAUCGACGUCCUCAAAACGAUCAUAGCGAGCAAGGACGACGACAAGAAGCGCACGGUGAACAACAAGCUGCGCCUGAUCCAGCUGGUGGGCGAGGGGCGCGGGCGGCGCGCGCUGGGCGCGUGGGCGCACCGCGCCGCGCUGCUGCUGCGCGCGCGCGACCACGCCGCCGCGCUGCUCAGCGGCGGCAGCGCGCCCGCGCGCGACCACGCGCCGCACCGCCCCGUCGGCGACGCCGGUAUCGCGGCGCUUCCGUCGGGCGAGCGCCUGUCGCCGCUCGACACCUUCCUGGAUCUCCUGACUGCCAAAGCCAGCCUCAACGAGCUAGACUUUAAUCUCAUUAUAGAAGCGACAUUAGCAUCUGUGCAACAGGAAACUGCGUAAAUCUAUGUCUAGACA